GUUGGAAACCUUUGAUGUAUUUAUUUAUUCAUGGACAAAAACUUUUGAAGUUUAUAGACGAAAAUAUUUUGAGGAUUGCAGACUAAAACAAGACGAAGACGAAUACAUUUUGAAAUGACUAAAAUAUGACUAAGACUAAUAAGUGUUUUCGUCCAGAAGACGAAGAGGAAAAUUAAAAGGGCUGGCAAAAACAACACUGCAACACAUUGAUGACUAGAAAUCCGAGCAGUUCUUGAACGCGACACGAGCUGCUAAUUAGCGUCAUUGUGCCAACUGCCGAGCAAAUUUAAACGUCAUCUCCAAACGAAACACCCGUCGCUUCAAAAUAUGGACUAUUUUGUUGGCCUUCGUGAAAACAGAAACAGAAAACCUUUGGGAAAAACUACAAAGGUAAAUGAGAAGGCCGUCAAAACCAGUUAGAAACAAGUUAGCAACAAGCUAACUCCAAAAAGUCCCACACUGUUAGUGGCAUUACUAGCUGCCUGUAAAGCCAUUGUCACCGAGAUACUUGGCCCUGAUGUGGUUAAAAACAUUGCUAAAGUCCCCGUGUCUGAUAAUUCUGAGUUUUUCCAGCCUAACUGCUAUUAAAAAAAAUCAAAACAAAGAGACUGGGAGCUGUUGUCGAAGAUUCCCGCCAGGAUUUUGGCUUUGUGUUCAUCAGGCUCAAGUUUCACACUGGGCAACCAGACAAACUGAGGGUAGUGUGGAUCAGAAGAAGCAGGCGUCACAGCACAAAGCUCCACAGUUGGCAGCCAGGAAUUCAGAACCCCUACAGAGGUUUGGUACUCUGGCAGGUUCCCGAGAGUUUGGACAUCACCGUCACUCUCUUCAAGGAACCGACGGCAGAAGAGUUUGAGGACAAAGAUUGGACUUUUGUGAUUGAAAAUGAGACAAAAGGGCGAAGGAAGGCGCUGGCCUCGGCCGACAUCAAUAUGAAGACGUUUGCCAGCGCCACGCCGGCGCAUUAUGACCUGACGCUGAAGUUGAAACCUCUUUCGGUGAAAGUGAAAGAAGCCACGCUCAAGCUGAACUUGUCCUGCGUCUUCCUGAAAGAGGGGAAAGCCACUGAUGAGGACAUGCAGAGUUUGGCCAGUCUGAUGAGUUUUAAGCAGAGCGACAUUGGGAAUUUGGAGGAUUUUAACGACAGCGACGAGGAGGCGGGAGGAGACAGGAGGGCCAGUUUUGGAUCUGGACAAGCUACGCCGGUCACUGCCCUCGAGCCCGUUGCGGGAAGAGUAACUGAUCUAGCUUGGAGGCCCGUGACUGAAUCCGUCCCGAAUUCCAUCUCAGAGAUGAAUCGCAAUCGGACGCAUUGCGCUUCCAUCUCUGUCUCAUCUCGGCCCGUCCUACCUGAACCUAAACAAGCACCUGACCCGACGCCCUCCCUCUAUGCCUAUUCACUGCCGGCCUUCGCGCAAGCUCACCCUCCGGCACUUCCCAAAAUUUUCCAGCCCGGUUCUGGAUCAGCUGCCAGAGGGCCUCGCAGCUUCGGCGGCAACCCUCCGACUGAAGAUGUGCAGGCUCUCCCCACCUUCAGUCCCGCUAAAGCCCCCUGUCAGUCCUCUUCCCCUGAUUGUGUUUUACCCCCUCCUGCCUUCACAAGUAGCUCCCAAGCAGUUCCGUUCACCUCCCACCCACCACUGCAUGUUACAUCUCCCCGAAAACCUCAAGUAGUGGAGUCCAGCUCAACGCUGACCAGACCCACCAGUCUCCCUUCUGCCCCCGAGACAGCUUCCUGGCAGAGUGAAUGGAGACCUCCUAAGUCUCAAGUCCCUCUAGCACAACCUGCUCUCUCUGCAAAGUUUCUCCAGCCGUCUGUGGACGAUCCCGGACGGGCUGCCGUGGCGCACAAGAGACAAAAAAUAGACGUGCCAUCUUCAACCUGUCUGCCCGCCGCUACACUUCUCCAGCAAAAACCCCAGGAGGGUUCUGGAUUUACUCUUCCGUUGAGAACCCUAGCAUCUGCCAAUGAAACUGACACCCACUCGCAUCCCUCCAUAGGUCUUUCCUCUUGUCUUCCUCUUUCCCCGACUCCUAUAUCCCACACUGACUCCCCAAGUGAUCAAGAUACAGAACUGAAGAGGCAGUUGAGCACACUGAGUGAAGAAGAGCAGCAGUCUACAACUCCCAUAAGUCCCGAGCCACAAUUCUCUGCCUGCCAGAGUUUGGCAUCUGAGGCUGGAGAUACAUCAUUUCAAGGCAAAGUUCUCAAAGCAUCAGUAGGACCUGAGAGUUUGGCCUCUCAUCUGCCCCUUAGCCCCAAAGCGACACCCUCAGCUCAAGAUCUAAAGUAUUUUGAAAUGCCGAAAGCACAGACAGCUCACGCGGAGCUAAACCUUGCUCGGACGUCUCUUGUCAAACCACAAAGCCACUUGUCAAAGAUGUCCAUUCAGUUAGAGAAUCAAGUUGCUAAAGCGCAGCCUGUUCAAACCCCUGAGUUGCACUUCCCUCAGUUGAGGACAGACAGAAAUGCGGAAGAGACGAAAGGACACGGCCCUAUGAAAGAAACCCCGAGAAAUGAGUACGUAAAAGCCUCAGGGGCAACUUGUUUCACAGACCACAAGUUGGACAAGGAUACUUCCUCGGCAGAGUUGAUGAAAAAUCUAUCUGAUGACAUUCCAGAAGAAACAAAAGUCAACCCCGCUGGUUUAACGUUGAUCGCUGAUCAGAACAUGCAAUGCAACUCAAGGCUACCCAAGACAACUCAACAAGUGGGAGCUAAUACAGUGUCUGCAGACAAAGCACCCGUGUACACGUCGAAAGUAGAACUUGGUCCACUUUGUUCAAAAGACAGUUUUCCCCGACCGGCAUCAGAUUUGCAACCCAAGUCACAGCCUGCCAUGGAAGUGAAAGAACCGAGUAUGGCACAGUUUCAAUCCGCUUGUCCUCAAUACUCAAACGUUCCUGGCAUUCCAACUCGUCAUCAGUCAGACGUUGGCGCUUCAAAUGUGUCGUUCCAGUCAUUACGCGCUCAAAGAUUGCCCUUGCCCAUUUAUUCAGAGUCGCGUCGAGCCCUGCAACACGUUGUUAACGACACUAAUUUGACCAAACUGAUCUGGCGAACAUGCCCUCGAAAUACAAGCAUUCUUGGUUUCCCCUAUGCACCAUUUAAGGAAAUGACAAGCCAUUCAAGUAUGGCUAGUCUACUCCCUGCAUGCCUGGAAUGCACAGCAAUUGCUGGCAUGCCAUUUAAACAAAGGCUCCUAAGAACAACACAAGUAGAUGACUGGCUGAAGUUGGAGAAAUCAUUUUCUUACCAACGAACAAGUCCUCAACGUGUAGUCCAGGAUGGUUCAUACGAGAACAAGGACCAUCACAAAGCCAUGGUUAAUAUGCGACCUUGUUGUCCGCAGAGCGCCUCCACUUUUGGUUUACCUUCUGCUCCAGUUCUGAACGCUAACACGGCUAACUUUUCGGAUACUUGCCCGGGAAAAAAACAAAUCCUUGGUUUACCGUCUCAGGACAUAGUUAGUGUCGCAAGUGAUGAUUGGAGUUUGAUGACGGCUAGUUUUAUUUUAUCAGAGAAAGAAUUAGGAAAUGAAUGUGUGGUGAGAUCUUCCCCGAUGAAUAAUAUUACUCCUUCUUGCCCUCAGAAGGCCAUGGCACCUGGGUUUCCAUCAAUGAAAUGUCACAGUUCAGAAGAAAUUCCAAAUAUGAUCAAUUUGCUCGCUACUUGUGUGGGACAUUCCAAAGUGAGUGGAAUCUCCUCCAGAUUUCCAUGUGGGCCUGAUACAGCAGAAUGGAAAAUUGAGACAAGGUCACUCUGGGAAAGGUCAUCUGAAAACCUGAGAAGGUCGCUAAUACACAACUGUAAGAUCAGUUUGAUGGAGAAAACAAUUAAUCUAGUCAUGGUGUCCAUGUUGCCACCGUGUCCCAAACAUUCUGACAUUUAUGGAAUCCCUUCCAAGGUCUGUAAAAGCCAUGAUUCCACCUCAGAACCCCAAAACACAUCCAGAUCUAUUAACACUUUCCCAAAACAAAGUCAAAUUCCAGGUGUCCCUGCAAAAGACGGUUCAAGAGAACAUUAUGUUUGGUGUGAGGGACUCGGAACUUUUUGGAAGAACCAAGUCAGUAGUAGGCUGGCUGUGGUCUACUCAGAUUCUGGACUUGAUCAAAUGUCCUACGAGGACAAAAAAAUGAUGGUCAGUGUGCUGCCAUCAUGUUCUCGUGAAGUACUUUCUUCUGCCACGCAACUCCAAACUGUUGAUUCAGAAGAAGAAGAUAACCAGAGUAUGGUACAGUUGGUGCUAUGUUGUCCAAAUCAGUCAAGCAUUCUGGGUUGCCCCUCUAAAGCGCUGGGAAGCUCUGAUGACACCAAAAGUCUGUGGGCCCAUUUGGGGAUGAUUAAAGAUGAUUUGAUGGUGGAAACUAAGGAAGAAGUAACUGCUCUAAAACGAGGAAAUGGCCGUUUAAUCACGGACAUUCCUUUGUUGGACGAGAGAUCCUCCAGCGAGUACUGGACUCAAAGUAUCGUGGAUAUGCAGCCCUGUUGCCCAAGAGACUCCAGCAUUCCCGGUUGUCCUUCUGCACAACAACCGAGACCGACUCGUGGCGUUGAUGAGCCUAGUAUGGUUUGUCUUUCAAGGACGUGUUCAAAAGUGUCUGGGAUUCCAGGAUUUUCAUCGUUUGAUAACACAGGAGAUUGGGCAGUGAACAGAAAUCGACUCUCAGAGCCAAGAAUGGCUCGAAAGACGACGCUGAUUGAGUGGUUUCACAAAGAUGAGCGAGCAAUGAAGACGAUGGCUUCUCUCGUACCGUCCUGCCCGAAAGAGGCCCUGACUCCAGGGUUCUCCAGUCACCCAAGCCCGACAACUACAUAUUGUACACCAAAUAUUUUAAGCCUCUAUACAGUUUGCUCCCGUGUUUCAAGCAUACCCGGUUUUGCAUCCGUUGAUGGAAGUGAGAGCAUUGAAUGGUUGAUGGGAAGUCAAUCAUUGUUGAAGAAGAAAGUCCAGAAAGAUUCUGUGCUGCUCAUGACUAAUGAGCACAGAAGUAAAUGGAAAAACAUGAUCUACACUGUCCCAUCCUGUCCUAAAGCUUCAACUAUAACUGGCAUCCCAUCCAAUCCACAUCCCAAAAAGGCAUACUACGGCCCAAAUAUGGUUAACCUCAUUCAUUUGUCCCCUCAAGUUUCUACUAUUCUUGGAUUGUCAUCAGUUGAAGUUAGCGAGAAAGAAUGGAUUAUUGAUCAGGUGUCGUUGAUUCACAAACCACGAAAGAUGGAGUUAAAGAUUAACAAUGUGCCAGUAGCCCUAGAUGAGGCCAAAAACAUGUUUGCCGCUAGACCUUCUUGUCCAGAGGAAUCCAAAAUCCACGGCUUUCCCUCGGCACCUCAGCGCAAAGUCGAAUUCGACAUGAUCAGUUUAGUACCUUGCUGUCCAAAGACUUCAUCUUUGAAAGGAUUUGCAUGUGUUCCCACAACCUCAAUUGCGGAGUGGGUACGUGAAAGAAACCCCAUCACGAGAACACCUCAGAAAAUGAUCUUAACUCUUGCUGAGGUGAAAUUAAUCGGGAACGGUAUGACAAAAAUGGUAAUGUCAUGCCCCAGAAAGGCAAGACACUGUGGGUUUCCUUCUGCUCAGGUUGAAAACAAACCACCUGACAUUGUGAGCCUGUACUCAAGCACCCCGUGCAUGUCCCUCACGCCAGGUUUCCCAUCAGCAAGGAUGCUUAGCUUUGAACCUUUGAGCACGCAGAAACAUGACUUCUGCAAGACUCCCUUGUUUGUGUACCAGCAAAAGUACAAGAUGGACACCAUGACUGAAACCCUUGGCAAUUUUGCGCUUGAACACGAAGAAAAAAAUCACAUGGUACUAAUAACGCCAUUGUGUCCGUAUCGGACUGAAAUAACCGGACUGCAAAGCAUUUCGCUUCUGAAUGCAACGUGGAAAGAAACGAAUCGGUUACCCGCUGAUGCCGGCGCUGAAGAUGAAUCUGAGGAGAUCUGCAAAGGAACUACAAGUCACAGUAACGACGUAUCAAAAGGAGAAGCAGAAGUACCAGUCCGGAUACAGAAGAAAGACCAGGGUUCAAUAGAGUCUGAGGCGGUCUUAGGCUGGGAAUUACUGGAUGUAGAGGGAACAUUGAGUGAAAAACAAAUGGAAUCUUUGCCAUCAGAAAAGGAGGGAGAGACUCCUGGGAUAGUACAAACUAUAGUGGGCGUUUUCCAUAAAGGUUAUGAAACAGUAGCAUCCAUUUUGGGGCCGUCCAAUUCAGUGGCGUCUGAAAACGAGCUCCAACUAAACCUGGCGCUGGAAGGUUUACCAAAUUGGGAGGAGCCUCCGCCGCUCCCUUUGGACAGCGACGAUGGGUUUUUAGUUUGUGCGAGCAUGAAAAAAUGGCCACCGCUGACUGCUGCAGACAUUACUGAGAUGUCAGUGGAGGUUGGUCAUGAGGAACGAGAAGCUUUGCCUGAGAAGGAUACUGCAGUUGGAUCACAGUGUGUUGACAGUUUGUCAGUCGGGCACCAGAAUGGCAAACAAAAUGAGGUUGAACCCUCUUUCAAAUUGGAUCCUAGCCUGCAACAAGCAAGUACUGAUGCAACCCCCGCGGAUCCUGAACCGGUGAUAGAUAAUAAAUCAAAACCAGAGAUACCCAUGGACAAAAUCGCAGAUAAUCUGUACCUUCAGAGAGUUGAACCACAGGCACAGAUAACAAUCCAUGAACUAGAGCAAAAUACCAUGUCACAACAGCCAGACCAUGACCUAAAUUUGGAAGGUCUGUCAAUGCUUCCUGAUGUUGAUCCAAGCCAGUCUUGUGAGAUGAUUGCCAAGGAACUCAUCAUGGACCUCUCCUCUUGUAGCAGCAGAGAUGGAAGUGAUUACUCGCCGCAUACAACUGUUGCUCAAGAAAAUCGGGAUAAUGUUUGUCCUGAUGCGGAAACAAAAGAUGAUGUCAUUACUGAAAAACCUUUCAGUGCUGAUGCAGCCCACAUGGAUCCUGAACUGGUGAUGGUUACUAAAUCAAAACCAGAGAUCUCUAUGGACAAAAUCGUAGAUAAUCCAUGUCUUCAGAGAGUUGAACCACAGGCACAGAUAACAAUCCAUGAACUAGAACAAACGACCAUGUCACAACAGCCAGACCUUGACCUAAAUUUGGAAGGCCUGUCAGUGCUUCCGGAUUUUGAUCCAAGCCAGUCUUGUGAGAUGAUUGCCAAGGAACCCAUCAUGGACCUGUCCUCUUGUAGCAGCAGAGAUGGAAGUGAUUACUUGCCACAUACAACUGUUGCUCUAGAAAAACAGGAUGUUUGUCCUGAUGCAGAGUCAAAAGAUAGUGUCAUUACUGAAAACCCAACUGUCCGACUAUGUUCUUCCGAGUUUGAUUUGGAACCAGACACAAAAUCUGUCCCAGAUGACACUACACCAGAUCUAGGUCCACCCUCAGAAACAGACCAUGACCUAAAUUUGGAAGGACUGUCAGUGCUUCCUGAUGUUGAUCCAAGCCAGUCUUGUGAGAUGAUUGCCAUGCAACCCAUCAUGGACCUGUCCUCUUGUAGCAGCAGAGAUGGAAGUGAUUACUCGCCACAUACAACUGUUGCUCUAGAAAAACAGGAUGUUUGUCCUGAUGCGGAAUCAAAAGAUAGUGUCAUUACUGAAAAACCAACUGUCCGACAAAGUUCUUCCGAGUUUGAUUUGGAACCAGACACAAAAUCUGUCCCAGAUGACACUACACCAGAUCUAGGUCCACCCUCAGAAACAAAGGAACAUGAAAGCAUGACAUUCAAGAGAGGUGCUGAAGAGCAACAUUCCCCUUUGUCAAUUAUCAAAAUGAUCGGUCUGAAAAAGAGAGUUCCUUUGAGAAAUCCUCCCAUCCCGAAGCCUCGUGCGAAAAAUCGUGCUAGUGGCUCUUUCUCAGAUGACAUCAUGGGAGAGGAACGUCAGUCUGACCUUCUUCUGCGCGAUGAGGACGGGUUGUCAAAACAGGAAGUUUUGGCCGUCCCUUUGAGAAAACGCAAGCAAGACGAUGACUGUACAACACAACCGUCAACCAUUCCUGUCCCAAAACCAAGAGGAAAGAAGCGUCUUAGCAGUUCAUUCCCAGAUGAUGUAACAGUUUCUUGCUCACCACAAACUUCCCCGUCAGAAACCGUAAACUUGCCAGUUCCGUUGCCUCGAGUUAGAAAGCACCACGACACGCCGCCUGUUGACAUUUUGUGUCCUACAAAGAACGAAUCAGGGGAGGGAUCAUCGUUACUGGGUUCAAAUGGAAUGUCUGAAGAUGCACCUGUCCUGGGAACAAAGUCUGUUGAAGGGUCGGACUGCAGAUACUUCUUGGAAACUGUUGCUGCUGGUUGUUUAGAGGAAGACGGGAGCAGUUCACACGGGGACAAAGGUAAGGCCCAAGUGGCUGGUUCGACCCCAAUGAAUCCUGAAGAUGGGGUGGCAUCUCAUGAAAAUCUUUCAGGAAGCCAGGACCUGGUGACGUCCAGUCAGUCGCUGCUAGAGUGGUGCAAGGAGGUCACUGAGGGAUACAAGGGACUGAAAAUAACCAACUUCAGUACCUCCUGGAGGAAUGGCCUGGCUUUUUGCGCUAUUUUGCAUCAUUUCCACCCAGAAAUGAUUCAUUAUGAAUUGUUGGACCCCUAUGACAUCAAGCACAACAACAAGAAGGCCUUCGAUGGUUUCGCUUCGCUCGGUAUUUCCAGGCUGAUGGAGCCUUCGGACAUGGUCAUGCUCGCUGUGCCCGAUCGUCUAAUUGUCCUGACGUACCUCAGCCAGAUUCGCACUCAUUUUAUGGGCCAGGAGUUGAGCGUUCUUCACAUCGAGAAAGAUGCUAGCGAGUCAAGCUACGCCGUAACGGCAGAUCGCGAGAUGGAGGAAGACCCUGAAGCUACCGUUCGCUACUGCACCCAGAGACUUCAAGAGGAGGGCAUCAGUCUGGAGGCAAACGGAGAAAGCGACACGGUCAUCGCUCCACCGGCGCCAGCGAGCAAAGCCGGCGCUCAGGCACCCGUCGCGCCACCGAGGACUCGCUACAUGUCCAAGUGUGGUUUCUCACAUCUUAAAGACGCUGAUCUCGUGAAGAAGCAUAGAUCUCAGAGGAUUAGUGCGUCGGAGGAGGAUGGAGACACCUCAGUGUGCUUCUCAUCUUUACAGGUUGCUUCGGAACGAGAGGAUGGCGGAAAUGUCCUUACCGAGACAACAGGGACUCUGCCUGAGGCGGGAAGUCGAGAGAGCCAGGACCCCAGCCAGUAUGUAAUCAGUCAAAUGGAAGCCCUAGAAGCAGAACAGAACCACAUCGACACCAGAGCUGCGGUAGUGGAGAGGAUACUCCGACAACUCAUGGAAACAAGUAGUGACAAGGUGGAAGAAGAAAGGUUGAUUCAGGAAUGGUUUACGCUAGUAAACAAGAAAAAUGCAUUAAUUCGAAGACAGGAUCACCUGCAGCUUUUGCUUGAGGAACACGAUUUGGAAAGAAGGUUUGAUCUUCUAACCAAAGAGCUGCGGGACAUCCUAGCUCUGGAAGAAUGGCAGAAAACGCUAGCGCACAAGCAAAGGGAGCAGCUUCUGCUUCAGGAGCUAGUGGCGCUAGUCAACCUAAGGGAUGAGCUCGUCCACAACAUGGACGCCAAGGAGCGUGGUGCUCUGGAGGAGGACGAGCGCCUGGAACGAGGUCUGGAGCAGCGCCGGAGGAAGUACUCCAAGCAGCAGAAGAAAUGUCUCAUGCAGUGACCGUCACCAAUUCGGGAGAGGAGGUGUGUCCCCGCCACGUCGUUACCAAAAAACUGAUUUGUUUAGUAUUUCGAGUCUUGUUCAAGUCAGUUAUAGUCACACGGCAACUCCAGUUUACAGGUUCCUAUUUGGAGCAGUGUUACUAUUUUGUUACGUUUUCAUUACGUGUAUGGUAAGGUUGCCGUCUCUAGGUGUCGCUGAAAGCCACGUUGGAAAUGUGCCUUGACUCCUAAAAGUAGAGUACGUAUUGUCAUUUUUAAGCUAUUUGCGCUGAUGUGUUUUCAAUGUUAUGCACUGAUAGAAUUUAUCACCAAAAUUAGUUUAUUUUUGUGUGGUUUGUCAUAGACCAGCUUGAUUUCUGUGCCUUUUAACUGGUGUUUGUUACUCGGGGGGGAUAGUUUUUUUUGUUUGUUUUGACGAAAUGUUUUCAUCUUUAAUUUAUAGAAGGUUUUACUAUUUAUUUUGUGUGCGCGUGUGCUGCAGCUGUCAUGUUUCGUCUUGAAAACCAAAAAUUUGCAUCUGUUUUGCGGCUCUUGAAAUCUAAAUUACAACUCUGUAAUGAGUUUUAUUACUAGUAGAUGUCCAAUCCGUUGAAAGCGGUUGGCAGCGAAUGAACGGAUGUUUUAUAUCCAUUAUAUACGUACAUGUAUACAUUCUAUAACUGUCAAUGGCAACCAAUUGGUUAAGAAUUUACAUAGGAACUGUUGUUUUCCUCUUUUAAGCUAAUAGGAGCUGAAUAAAGCAUGCAAGUCAGGAUUCAUACAAGAUUUGGUGAAUUAAUAUGAAAGUAGGAUCGGACCAGUUGGGUUGUAGCUGGUUUUGCUCACUAAAAAAAGCCAACUGUGUGACUUUUAGGAAACUGAACUGUUUGAUUUUAUGUUACGUUUGCACAUUUGUCAAGUUUGCAAAGCCCUAAAUGUGUUGCUGCAAUAAAAAAAAAAAAAGUUGUGUUGUAAAGAUGGAGUCUGUGUUGUGGGUUUAUUUUGUGUACCGAUUUCUGCAUGAAAGGGUUAAAGUGCGUACGGUCCCAGGCUUUUGGUCAGACCAAGAUUGAGCUUUUUGGCAACAAACACUCUUAAGUGGGUCUGGCGUGCCACGAAAGAUGCGCAUGCUGAAAAGCACCUCAUACCCACUGUGAAGUAUGGGGGUGGGUCAGUGUUGCUGUGGGGCCGUUUCGCUUCCAAAGACCCUGGGAACCUUGUUAGGGUGCAUGGCAUCAUGGAUGCUUUGAAAUACUUGGACAUUUUAAAUCAAAAUCUGUUGCCCGAAAGCUGAAGAUGGGUCGUCACUGGGUUUUUCAGCAAGACAAUGACCCUAAACAAAUGGCCAAAUCUACACAGAAAUGGUUCACCAGACACAAAAUCAAGCUCCUCCCAUGGCCAUCUCAGUCUCCAGACCUUGUUUUGUUGGCAAAAGGGGGUUGUACAAAGUAUUAACACCAGUGGUGCUAAUAAUUGUGACACACAUUAUUUGAUGUCAAAUUAUUAUUUCUUUAUGUGGGAUUUUUUCCCCACUGAAUAAAUGCACUUGUAUUGAA